AUGGGGAUUAAGAAAGUCUCUGGGAUUAUUCCUCGACUAGUCUGGAUUCUGCUGAGCCUGCGUGGGACAACCGGAGAAGAGGUGUGUGACGGUCCGCUGGUGUCCAACCUGCUGCCUUCAUCCUUCAGGAGCUCCUCUCAGCUGUCCAGCAGUCAUGCGCCGGGUUUCGCCAAACUCAACCGGCGAGACGGAGCUGGAGGCUGGUCUCCUCUCGCCUCAGACAGGCAUCAGUGGCUGCAGGUGGACUUGGGUGAGCGGACCAGGAUCACUGCCGUGGCCACGCAGGGCCGCUACGGCAGCUCUGAUUGGCUGACGUCUUACCUGCUGGUGUUCAGCGACACGGGACACAACUGGAAACAGUACAGACAGGAGGACAGCAUCAGGUCUUUUCCAGGUAACACUAACGCAGACAGUGUGGUUCAGUACAAACUGCAGCAGCCUGCGGUGGCUCGGUUCCUCCGCCUCCUUCCUCUGGACUGGAAUCCCAGCGGGCGGAUCGGACUCCGACUGGAGGCCUACGGAUGUCCUUACUCUUCCGACGUGGUGAGUUUCGAUGGCAGCAGCGGUCUGGUGUACAGCCUGGACUCCGGGUCCGGGCGAACAAUUACAGACGUCAUCACACUGAAGUUUAAAACCUUGAGGAACUCUGGGACGCUCCUGCAGGCGGAGGGUCGGUAUGGACAGAACCUCAGUCUGGAGUUAGAGAGAGGGAAGCUCCUGCUGCUGCUCAGACAAGGCAGGAGUUUAUCUUCAGAACCCAGACGUCUUGCAUCACUCGGCACCCUGUUGGAUGAUCAGCACUGGCACUACGUGGCUGUGGAGCUGCACGAUCUUCAUCUCAACCUGACUGUGGACAAACACACAGAGAGCCUGCAGAUCCCUGCAGACUUCCACCACCUGGACAUACAACAGCUCAGCGUGGGCGCAGUUCAGCAUCUCACUUCACAGAAAUCAGUCAAGAGGAACUUCCACGGCUGCGUGGAAAACCUGCUGUUCAAUGAUCUCAACCUGAUUGAACUCGCUAAACUCAGCGACCACAAAGUUACUGCCGUCGGCAACGUGACCUUCUCUUGUCCCGAGCCCGUUUCUGUGGCUGUGACGUUCCCCGGCCCCCAGAGUUUCCUCCAGCUGUCGUCGUCUCCAUCAGUGGGUGCGUCCAUACGGUUUCAGUUCAGGACGUGGAAUGAGGCAGGGCUCCUGCUCACCUUUGACCUUCUGCAGCGUGGGGGCGUGGUCUGGUUGCACCUGCACGAGGCCAGAAUCCAUCUGCAGGUCCACAAGGGAGGCAAAGUGGUGCUGGAGCUCAGUGCAGGUUCUGCUCUCAGUGACGGUCAGUGGCAUUUGGUGGAGCUGAACUCCAGACGAGCUCGCUUGACCCUCGCUGUGGAUAAAGAGGAAGGAGAGAACGCUCAGGCCGGCCCGUCUCUUCCUGUCGCUGCAGAAAGUCGCCUCUUUUUUGGUGGUUGUCCUGCUGAACACGGCCGGGGAUGCAGAAGCAACUUUAACACCUUCCAAGGCUGCAUGCGUUCCUUCACUCUGGACAACAAACCCGUGGAUUUGAUCCUUGUGCAACAGAAGCUGUUGGGGAACCACAGCAACCUUCUGAUUGACAUGUGUGGAAUCAUUGACAGAUGUUCUCCCAGCCGCUGUGAGCACGGCGGCCGCUGCACUCAGUCCUGGACCAACUUCCACUGCAACUGCUCCGACAGCGGCUACAGCGGCGCCACCUGCCACAGCUCUGUGCACGAACAGUCCUGUGAAGCGUACAAACACAACGGCAACACGUCAGGACAUUUUUACAUUGACGUGGACGGCAGCGGACCGAUCAGGCCCCAGCUGGUCCACUGCAACAUGACAGAGCACAACACCUGGAUGAUAAUCCAGCACAACAACUCAGAGCUGACCAGAGUUCGAACGUCCUCUGGCGUCGACCAACUUUCAGUCCACUUUAAAUACUCGUCUGACGAAGAGCAACUUCUGGCCUCCAUCAGCCAAUCAGAGCACUGCGAGCAGGAGCUGUCUUACCUGUGCAGGAAGUCCCGCCUCCUCAACACUCCAGAGGGGUCUCCGUUCAGCUGGUGGCUCGGUGGUCCCAGUCCCGGACGGGUCCAGACUUACUGGGGAGGAGCUCAUCCCGGCAGCCAGCAGUGCGCCUGCGGCCUGCAGGGCGACUGCGUGGACCCACAGCACUACUGCAACUGUGACGCCGACCGCACCGAGUGGACCGAGGACUCAGGCAUGAUCUCCCAGAAGGAGAGCCUCCCAGUCCGGUCUCUGGUCCUGGGUGACGUCCAGAAGUCGGGGUCGGAGGCGGCUUAUAGGGUGGGACCACUCCGUUGCCAUGGGGACAGAAAUUUCUGGAACGCUGCGUUUUUCGACAAGGAGACGUCGUACCUCCACUUCCCGACGCUCCACGGCGAGCUGAGCGCCGACAUCUCCUUCCUGUUCAAAACCACGGCCUCCUCCGGCGUGUUCCUGGAGAACCUGGGCAUCAAAGACUUCAUCCGCAUCGAGCUGAGCUCCUCCACUCAGGUGGUUUUCUCCUUCGAUGUUGGGAACGGGCCCCUGGAGGUUCAGGUGGAGUCGAGGGUCCCGCUAAACGACAACCGGUGGCAUCGGGUCCGAGCUGAGCGGAACAUCAAGGAGGCGACUCUUCGACUGGACGACCUGCCCGUCUCCACCCAGCAGGCCCCGACUGAGGGCCACGUCCACCUGCAGCUCAACAGCCAGCUGUUUAUAGGCGGCACGGCGUCCAGGCAGAGGGGCUUCCGGGGAUGUAUUCGCUCUCUGCAGCUGAACGGCGUCACCCUGGACCUGGAGGAGAGGGCGAAGAUCACGCCUGGGGUCCGGCCCGGCUGCCCGGGUCACUGCAGCAGCUACGGCUCGCUCUGUCAGAACCAGGGCCGCUGUGCGGAGCGAGUCAACGGCUUCUACUGCGACUGCAGCGCGUCUGCUUACACCGGGGCGUUCUGCCACACAGAGCUGUCGGCCAGCUUCAAGUCAGGAACGUCCAUCAGGUACACCUUCAAGGAGCCGUACGAGUCGAACAGAAACAGCAGCGCUCUGCCAUCGUCCAUCUACUCUGAUACGACGCUGAGAGGAGAAAACGUCUCUCUGAGCUUCAGAACGACACAAAGUCCGGCUCUGCUGCUUUACGUCAGCUCCUACUACCGAGAGUACCUGGCUCUGAUCAUCAACAAGCACGAUAAGCUGGAGGUGAGAUACAAGCUGGACAGCAGCCGAGAUGCCGACGUGCUGAGGAGCAGCGGGAGGAGCCUGGCCAACGGGCGGCUGCACACGGUGACCGUCCGGAGGCUGACACACGCCGUUUCAGUGCAGGUUGAUCAGAACCCCAGAGAAGUCUUCAACCUCACGUCUGACGGAGAGUUUAAUGCCAUCAAGUCCCUGGUGUUAGGCAGAGUGCAUGAGUCUGAGGACUUGGAUCCUCCCCUGGCCCGGCUGGCGUCUCUGGGUUUCGCCGGCUGCCUGUCAGUGGUCCAGUUCAACUCCAUCAGCCCCCUGAAGGCGGCUCUGCUCCACCCAGACACCCGCCCCGUCGUCAUCACCGGACCUUUGGUUCAGUCCAGCUGUGGCUCUCUGGCCUCAGCCAAUCCCUACGCAGCCGAAAACACACACCGGCUUUCAGACCAGUCUGAUUCUGUGGGUUCUGGUCAGCCUUUAGUCAAUGCCAUCAGGACCGACUCGGCUCUGAUUGGAGGUUGA